CUGAAGAACUCGUAGAAUACGCAAGAGUGAUGAAUGAAACUUUAAUAUCCAAUAUAAACUAUCAAGUUAAAUCGAAUAAUACUUUACCCGAAAAGUUUGACUUGUGCGAGUUCAUUUCGGGAGUACAAGUUCAAAUGGUUCAGGAUAAAUUUUUACCAAAGUUAUCCCAAAAUUUGCUAGAAAUUUUGGAAGAUGACGAAUAUUAUGAUAUUACAAUAGAAGUUGAAUUAUUUGAUAGUACGAUUGUAUCUUUGUUGAACGGCGGUGAAACAAAUGUCGGUGAAUCAGAUAUCGAAUCCGAAAAGGUUAAAAUUGAGUCAAGUAUUAUUACUUUUCAACAAGCAGAAUUAAUCACAAAAUGGAUUGAGAAAUUAGAAAUUACAGACGAGAUUACUGCUUCAUAUGAAUUCAAAUUAUUAGCUCGUGAACGAGGUGUGAUUACAGGUCCCACUUUUCAUGAAUGUUGUGACGAUAAGUUUCCGACUAUAUCAAUCGUUAAAGUGGAAGGAAGUAACGAAAUUCUUGGAGGGUAUAAUCCAAUCGCAUGGAGUUCUGGUAUAUUCUCUUCAUAUGAUAGAACUAGAGAAAGUUUUAUAUUCUCAUUUAAGGAUAAUGAUAUAAGUAAUCAUAUUUUAAGCCGUGUAACGUAUGGGCAGCGUGCUACUUAUAAUCGGAUUAAUUACGGUCCAACAUUUGGUUAUUCAGAUCUUACAAUAAGUCAAAUUUAUGGUAAUAAAUGUAUAAAAUUUGAUUAUGAAAAUUCGAUCAGAGAAUCCAGAGAUGACUUUGAUGUAGAGAUUUGUGAAAUAUAUUUGAUCAUAAAAAAUUGA